CAUUGUUGUGGAUAUCUUUAAAAGUUUGUAGGACUAUAAAUAAUUUUUUUAUGCAAUAAAAUUGUGUAUCUGGAAGUGACGUUUGAAUAUAUUCGAGUAUGAACAGCGCGUGGUUUGUUCGGCGUUCGAUAAGCUAUAUAAAACCUCAAACUUUGAGGAAAACUGUCAAUAGCGCGACAGCGGCAACAGUGUUUGGUUUUAGAAAAUUUUCGGCGGGAAGAGUUUCCAACAUGAAAUUUGUACAGUUUUCCUAUAAAAACAAUCCAAGUGAAAUACGUGUUGGGUAUUUAGAUAAAGAUAAUGUGGUUGACUUAAAUAAAGCAAUACCUGAUUUGCCGACAACUUUAUUGGAAAUUUUGAAGAAAGGACAACUUGACAAGGUUUUAAGUUCAUACAAAAGUUCAAGCAACCCAGUGAAGGAACCACUAUCAAAUGUUUUACUAAAAGCUCCCAUAACGGGUAUGGAUAAAGUGCUAUGCAUCGGUUUGAAUUACAAGGACCAUUGCGAGGAACAAAACUUAAAACCACCGGAAGUCCCGAUGAUAUUCGGCAAGUUUGCCAGCACUGUGAUUGGACAGUCGGAUGCUGUGAAACUGAGAACUGAUGUCACUGAUAAAGUAGACUGGGAGGUAGAACUAGCAUUGGUGAUAGGUAAAACAGCGAGUAGGGUAAAGGCAGCGAACGCGUUCGAUUAUAUUUUGGGUUAUACAGUCGCUCAAGAUAUCAGCGGUCGGGACUGGCAGAAGGCAAAAAAUGGAGGACAGUUCUUGCUUGGGAAGUCAAUGGACACCUUCUGUCCCAUCGGUCCAUGUAUCGCGACAGCUGAUGAAGUGAAAGACCCACAGAACUUAGCAAUCAAAUGUUCUAUUAAUGGCGUGCUUAAACAAUCCAGCAGGACUGACCAACUGGUACAUAAGAUACCUGAUGUCAUUGAGAGGCUAACAUCCGUAAUGACAUUAUAUCCCGGUGAUAUUUUGCUAACGGGCACUCCUGGAGGCGUGGGCAUGUACCGCUCUCCGCCCGAGUACUUGAAGCCCGGUGACGUCAUACACAGCGAGAUUGAAAACAUUGGAACACUCGAGACUCGCGUAGAAAAGUUCUAGAACAUUCUAGAACGUUCCAGAAUCUUGUAACGUCAUUGUCGUGAGGUAAACUUGUAUGAAAUAUUGUAUGUUGUACUUAUGUUUUUGUUUUAAGAAUGUUUAUUUGUUUAUUUUUAUAGACUGUUCAAUUGAAUAUGUAUUUAUUUAUACUUUUGUUACGAUGGUGGUGGUUAUACCCGAAUGAUUCAACUUUAUUUAGUUUAUAAUAUUACCUGCAGUCUCAAAUGUAUCUUAUAUACUUAAUACAAAAUGUAGUCAUCAUAUAAAAUGUAAGUAAAGAUAUUUUUAUUUUUAUAAAGCUGUUAUAAAUAUAAUGUUUAUCAUAA